AGCCAGACUGGACCAGAACCUUCAGAGUUCUGUACAGUUCAGAUUUAUAACAACAACAGCUCCACCCAACAUGUGACGAAGAAAGACACAAGAUAUGAAGACACGGAACUGAACAAGGUGAACCGGCACACAGAGAGACAGGUGCUGGACGCAAGAAUUCUGACAAAAGAGGACAUCACAGCAAGAUGACUCCUUCUCCUCCUUCCCCUCCUUCUCCUCCUUCUCCUCCUUCUCCUCCUUCUCCUCUUUCAACUCCUCCAAUCCCAAAGCCUCGGUCUCGGUAUAUGAGGGGCAGCCGGAGCUCCAUCUCCUCACUGGACAGAGACUUGAGUGGUAGAAACCUGGACCCAGCUUCCCCCAAUGGCGCUCAUCAGAACACAGCAGAUAAAGAUGCUCCUCCUCUUUCUUCGCUUGCUCCGUCAACCCAGGCCGCCUUCCCGACUUUGGCCAGUGUCACUGACAUCAUCACCGCCAACAUCCCGUCGCUGGCGGGGGUGGCUGCCGCCCUCGGAGACUCCUCCUCCUCAACCCCCUCGGCCCCGCCAGCUCCUCCCUCCAUAGACGCCUUGGCUAGCAGCAUCUCUGCACCUGAUUUAACAGAAGUUGCUAACCCUAUGGGCAACCCUACUGCAAAAGUAUUAAACCCUGCCCCCAUCACACCUGAACCUGCUGCUGACACCGGUGCUGCAAGUUUCCACGACAUAGCUAGUUCACUGGCUAAUAUACCCAGUUUAGCAGGGAUUAUUACCGGUGUUGCUAAUCCAUCAGCCCCGCCCCACUCACCUGUUGAACCCCACCACCUGAUGAGCACUGGAGCUGGAGAAACUCCCAUAGAUGUUGGAGUGCUGUCACAGCUGGUGACGGGAUCUUUAGACCCAGCUUCAGGAGUCCAAUUGCCACCUCUAGCAGGCGCUGCAGAGGGCACAGAAGAAGUUUCAUCUUCCAAAGGAGAAAACCCAUACGUCACCGUGCUGGCCUGCUUGGCCAACCAAGAUGAAGCUGACACAGAGUCGUCCAAUGAGGAGGAGGAUACAGGGCCCAGCCCCGCCCCCUCUGGACCUGAAGCAUCAGUAGAUGGAAACUCGGACCCAACCAACAGAAUCUCUUCCAGUCAUUUAGGACGUUUGAUACCCAUGCGACCGGCGCCUCCCCGUCCUCCCAACAAAAUAAAAAAACCAGCGAAACAGAAGACCCCAAGGGUGGCCACCAUCCGGGUCUCCAGGAAGAAGGGAGCCAGCAGAAAUUCAUCUCCUCAGAGUGCAGUGGUCCGAACCAGCUGGCUCGACGUCUGGAAAGGGUUCAGACACAAUGUUUUGUGGGCAGUGCUGGAUGGACAGCUGAUGUCUCUCUGGAAAAAACGAACAGACCGGUUCAGUGAGGUUCUGUUCCACGUAUCAAGUAUCACCAAUGUAAAGUCUCAGGACAAAGGCCGGUUCUCCGUGUUCUUCAGGAAGAAGCACUAUGACUUCUUGGCUCACAACGAUGAGGUUAAGGAAGGCUGGCUCACAUCUCUCCUGGCGACUCGAGGUACACCAGGGCCCACGCCUUCACAGCUGCAUGGACAAAUCACGAUAAAGGACCCAAGGAGGAGUGUAUAUGCCGCCGUCUGGGGUCACGACCUCUGGAUUUACCCCAACAAGGAGGGCUACCUGCUGGGCGUGGCCUCCUUCUCGGUUCCCCUGAGCUUGGCGUCGGUGAAGCAGACGGGGAAACACUCAUUUUUGCUCAUCACACCAUACAAGAGCUUCAACUGCUCUGUUGAUUCGUCAAAGGAUUUGUCCAACUGGAUGAGCUCCCUGUCUUCUACAAUCCAAAGCGCUCUGUCCUGCAGCCAGGUGGCGCUGCGUCUCUGGGAAAACCCUUACAACAAGGUGUGUGGCGACUGCGGCGAGGCCAACCCUGAGUGGGCGUCAGUCAACCUGCUGCUGGUCAUCUGUCACAACUGCGCAGGUCAACAUCGAGGUCUCAGCACCAACCUGUCCAAGGUCCGGAGUCUGAAGAUGGAUAGCAAGGUCUGGACAGAGCCACUGGUACAGCUUUUCAUUCUCUAUGGCAACCGGCUGGCCAAUCAGGUGUGGGCUCCAGCUGUACCAGCGGCAGACCAGCUGCGGCCGGAGUCUUCAGAAGAGGAGAGAUCAAAAUUCAUCCAGGACAAAUACAGCAGGGGGCGCUACAGACGGGUCCACGCUCUGACAUCCAGUCGCUCCAUGAUGGAUCAGAGGCUGCGUCAGGUGGCCUGCAGUGAUGACAUCGAGGAAACAAUGUCUCUGAUCUGUUCUGGAGCAAAGGUGUGUCCAUCUGACCCGCAGAGCCCCUCCCCCAUCCUGCUGGCGGAGAGAGCCAAUCAAGCGCUGCAGACUGAGCUGCUACGGCUCAAUGAGUACACGGAAAUUCCACUUCACCAGCCGCAGGCAACCAGAAGAAGACUUGGCUCCACCGUCUCAGUUGAGGAAGAGGAGGCGCUUCAUGGUAAACUGGAGGAAGAUCGAUUUCUCUUCUCACUGGAAAACGACUCAGCAGCCUGCGAUGUCCUUGACCUGCGAGAAGUUCUGUCCGUCUUCCUGAAAGAUGGAGUUGAUCAUCAGUUUGAGUUGGUAGCGCUGAACGAUCAGCUGGUCUGUGACGCUGAUGAUGAGGAGACGCUGCAAAAUCACCUCAAUCAUAUUCUGAAGGUGAUUCUCCCAGGAGGUGUGUCUUAUGCAGAGGUGGGCGGGGCCAUGGCUGCCAGUAAAGUGUGCAUUGUUGAAGUGGGCGGGGCCUCGAGUCAGACGGAGGCCUGGUUGCUUCUGUGGGAGGAAGGUGUCAGCGUUCACCCUGUCAACAUACAAACACAGCAGGCUCUGAGGAUUGAACUGAGCAUGCUCAGUAACCAUGAAAUGAAUCCAGCUGAAAACAUCAUCACCAUGACAACCACAGACAGGACUGUGUCGCUGCGCUUCCAGGAGCAGUACAGUUGUCGCACCUGGUUUACCCACCUGAAGAAGGUUCUGAGCACCCAGAUCUCAGCGCCACGGCUGCCUCCGGUGGCCCGUCAGAGUCUGUACCCGGUCAUCGACAGUGAGUUCAGAGGUUCAGUACCAGCCGCCAUUGAGCGCUGCAUCUCCCACAUCACCACCUAUGGUCUGAAGGUGGAGGGCGUGUACCGGCGCUGCGGCCUCGCCACCAAGGUGAAGCAGCUGGUGGAAGUGCUGAUGACAUCACCAAAUGCCACCCCUCUGGAGAGUAAUGAUCAGGGUGUGGUGGAUGCGAGCUCCGCCCUCAAACAAUACAUCCGCCAGCAGCAGAAUCUGAUUCCUGAUGGACACAGAAAACAGUGGCUGCAGGCUGCAGGGAUUUCAGGAGAACGCAGCCGGUUUAAAGAGUACAGACGGUUACUACGGCAACUCCCUGACAACAACAGAGCAACGCUGAACGCUCUCUUUGGACACUUCUACAUGGUCCAGGUGUUCUCGCAGGUGAACAAGAUGUCUGCUCACAACCUGGCUGUGGUCCUGGUUCCGUCUCUCUUUCAGGCCAUGAACCAGGAGCUGAUCCUCCUGACCAGAGAGUUCAUCAUCCACCACACUCUGCUCUUCCUGACACCAGGAGGAGAAGCCAGGGAGGGAGAGGAGGAGGAGGAGGAGAUCACUGUUCUCUGAUAAAGAUGCUUGGACGUUCCCUGAUCUUACCGUCUCUGAGGUGUCUCUGUUCAUGUGUUUAACGAGCUGAUUUAGAACAAACUGUUUUAUAUGAGUUACUAACAUCUUAACCUGAAAAUACCCGAGCCUCCACAAUCGCUGAGAUCAAUCAAGUUAACAUAAACCAGGAGACAACACAAGCAGCUCACCAAACCAGUGGGUAAAAGCUCAGCUUUAGCGCUGUAAAACCUUUUCUCCCUAAAUUAAACACAGCUCUAGUUGGUGCUACAAUUAGUUAACGUUUAUCUCCACUCGCGCCGUGGGUUUACCUCAGAUUACCAAACUACUGAGCACUAGACGCAGUUAGAACUUUAAAUCUACUGUUAGGUAGCUGAAGACAUGUCUUUGUAGAUUAAACUAAUUAAAGUAAAUUAAUUUAAUCUUCCCCAGUGGUGCAUUAUGUUUACUGGUAGACCCUGAAACAAGAAGCUAUACCAGGGUUCCAUCUUGAGGAGACAUUCUAUCGUUCAUUCUCGAUCGGACAAUCGCUUCAGAGAAAUGGCUCUGUGAAUUGUUCUAUUGACUGAGAAGAUUCCACAGAGAUGUCAAUCAUCCAGAUCCAUCAUCAUUCCUGAGAUAUGUCCUUAAACCCCCACAGCUCUGCAACUGUUCCACUUUUAGGCACUAGAACGUCCUGAAGAGCUAAUCGAUACAAACAUCAGUCAAGGUCCAGUAGAUGGUGAGAUGUUCUGGAAUGGAUUUCUCAGGUUCAAACGACAUGAAUCUAAAGAGAUAUGAGCUCUAAAAGCUAAAUAUUUAGUCUGAUUUAUGUUAUUUAUCUGUAUUUACUCUGAUCUGAUAGUAUUUAUACUUCAUUUUCCACCUGUUUCUAUUGACGCACACCUGCUAGUUGUUGAGAUAAAUUCAUGUCACAUCCUAUUAUUUUAGAGCAGGAACCUCAAAUAUAACUUCACUAUGUAAAACUCCUGACCAUCAUUUACGAGUUUAUCACAGAUGAGCUGAAAACUGAGCUGAUGUCAGUCUGAAUGUGAAGGAAAGCCGCUGAGUCAAACAGCAUCCUACUUUACUAAAACUUAUUUAAAAUCUUCAUCCUCUUCCUAUUUUGUUCAUGUUUGAUGACUUUUAUGGGAUUGCUGUAUUUUCUUCUGAAAAAUAAAAGUAUUUUGCUUCAAA